AUGGAACUUCUCUCGACCCCGACGCACAUUUAUCUGCGCCGUGCUCACCAUUGCAUUUCCUUUUCACGAUCGGAUUCCUCACUAGUGUACGGGCCUCCUCCUUUGGAUGUACUAAAGAAGGCCACUCUUGUAGACAAUUAUGUAUUCUUCCUGGGCGUUAUUCGCAUCUUUGGCUAUAAUUUUCCACUAGUGUGCAAACCCGCAGUGCCAGCCAUCAGUUUCAUCGAAGCCCAUUCUUCAACUGCUCAGCGCAUCUCUCCUCAUCCGCCCCUUGAAGACGGAACACCUUGCUAUCCAUUACGGGUCGAUAACAUAAUAGUGCUGCAUGCAAAUGCGAUAGAUAAGUACGUCCACUUCCUCUUAUGCAAUGCAGUCGCAGAUGUUUGUCGUCAAUGCUACAUCGAUACUUCCCGACAUUUUUCACCGGACGACUCAUACUGCUGGAACAGGCAUCUCUAUCCAUCACAAAUUACAAGCACAGAGCAACUCCCCAGGCUGCGACUAGAGACUAUCGUCGGGGAAUGCAUGGCAUAUAUUUUCAGCGGCUUCUAUGAGCAGUGGAUGAUUGGCCCUUCCUCUUACAUAUCGCUUCGGAUGGAGCGAUGCAUCGAUAAUGCAGGGCAUAGGUAUUUCAACCGGGGCAUUAGUUCGGCAGGGUACACAGCCAACACAGCAAGGCUUCGUCUUUACUAUAACGCUACUCUUGUCUACACCCUGUUUAGGGGCUCCCUCCCGCUUAUCUUCAGUCAGCCACCAACUUACAAGUUCACUCCUGCCAUACGCUUCCCAGAUGGGGCUCAUGAAGAGCAGGGCCUCGCUCAGUUUAGUAGUCUCUUGCAAAGGCAUAUAAGCCUUCUAUUGGGUAACUUAGUGACUGCAGACGCAGAGAUACUUAUCGUCAACCUCCUCAAAAAUGAAGUCGAUCUUUUGGAUGACUCCAUUGCUGCCAGUGAAAAGAAAAGCCUUGAGACCGCCGAUGAGCGGGCUCUGACGGCGUUCUUUACCGAGUCUAUGAGAAAAACUGCUGAUUCUCGCCGCAAGAACUCCCUCAACGUUAAGUUGAUGAACUACAACAUACGUAGACACAGCAACACAGAGUAUCACCAGUUAGCAGAUGACAUAGCCACAAGCACAGUUCUAGUUCCUAGCGGUGAUGUCGGAGUUGCUCUUCCUGACUUUGUUCAGAAGUGCUAUCCGCGGAUAAACUGCCUGGACUGUGUGGACAGGACGACCCUAUUUCAAACCAUCCUUCUUCAGAAGGUCUUUAAAUACUAUGCACGAACCAAAGCACUGGACCUAACUGGUUACGAGCAUGCCAUUCAGUCCAUGUCCUUUGCCUGCGGAGAAGUCUGCUCUUAUUCAUAUAUGAAUGCCCCACCACAAAGAAGACUUGCAAAUCUUCAAAAAACUGGGGUCUGUGUUCAUCAGAUAGAUGCAAUAUAUGACGUUUGCAAUGCCCUUUUUCGGUACAUAAGCAAUAGAUAUACCCAGCAAAUCAACACUUACAACAGUUCAAUAUUCAACAACCAAAGUACAACGUACCAGAUGGACGCCCUCGCCUGUCUCAACCUUCCCGUUAUCCUUGUCAUUGCGACAUGGACAGCUAUCAUCUGUGACGUUCUAUGUGGGUAUUUGGAGGCCUCGCUGCCUCAAGUGCUUCGGCUCUGCUCUACUGGAGCUAUCGUUGUGCUUGUGGUGUUAAUAGUUAUACUUUCGUCCGGGAGUAAUAAACGGGGCUCUAGUCACUAA